AUGUCUGUUGAACGUUCUGUAACAUUACACCCACCUGAACAGACCCCAGCUGUAACGUUACACCCACCUGAACAGACCCCAACUGUAACGUUACACCCUCCUGAACAGACCCCAACUGUAACGUUACACCCUCCUGAACAGACCCCAGCUGUAACGUUACACCCACCUGAACAGACCCCAGCUUUAACAUUACACCCACCUGAACAGACCCCAGCUGUAACGUUACACCCACCUGAACAGACCCCAACUGUAACGUUACACCCACCUGAACAGACCCCAGCUGUAACGUUACACCCACCUGAACAGACCCCAACUGUAACGUUACACCCUCCUGAACAGACCCCAGCUGUAACGUUACACCCACCUGAACAGACCCCAACUGUAACGUUACACCCACCUGAACAGACCCCAGCUGUAACGUUACACCCACCUGAACAGACCCCAACUGUAACGUUACACCCUCCUGAACAGACCCCAGCUGUAACGUUACACCCACCUGAACAGACCCCAGCUUUAACAUUACACCCACCUGAACAGACCCCAGCUGUAACGUUACACCUACCUGAACAGACCCCAACUGUAACGUUACACCCACCUGAACAGACCCCAGCUGUAACGUUACACCCACCUGAACAGACCCCAACUGUAACGUUACACCCUCCUGAACAGACCCCAGCUGUAACGUUACACCCACCUGAACAGACCCCAACUGUAACGUUACACCCUCCUGAACAGACCCCAACUGUAACGUUACACCCACCUGAACAGACCCCAACUGUAACGUUACACCCACCUGAACAGACCCCAACUGUAACGUUACACCCUCCUGAACAGACCCCAGCUGUAACGUUACACCCACCUGAACAGACCCCAGCUGUAACGUUACACCCACCUGAACAGACCCCUGCUCCUGAGUCUAAAACUAUCCUGAUAAAGAAGGGCUAUGACUUGAGGUCUCCGUGA